UUGUCAUGAUCCAAAGUCCAAAUUCUUGCAACAACAUGCAAUACCUUCACUUGUAGAAAGAACGGAAAAGGAUUGAUCAUCUAAAGGACCUACAUAUUUGGGCUCUGUGCUCACUGAGAAUGUGUAAUUCUCACCUGUAAGUGUGAUCCACAAUGGUCACAAGAUGGUAAAAAGUGUUAUGGUAGCCUAUGCCCUCUGGGCAGGAGGUGGGCUUUUUGGCCUUCACCAUUUAUAUUUAAGAAGAGACAGCCAUGCUCUGUUAUGGAUGCUAACGCUGGGAGGGUUUGGCAUCGGUUGGUUCCGAGAGAUUAUACGUAUUCCUGCGUAUGUUGAUGAAGCCAAUCAAGAUGCAGAAAAUGAGAGAAGACCUUCUACCAUGGUCCCUCCACCAGUAAGUCCAGUUAGAUUCGCUGGCCAGGUGUGUGUUGGGAUCUAUUUCGGCACAGUGGCUCUGAUUGGACUGAGCUCCCUCAGUUUCUUCUACUUGAUUGUUCUCCCUCUAUGUGUGGGUGCAGGGGUGCAUCUGGUGUCCACUGUUGGCCAACAGACCUCUGAUCUCUCACAAACACUCAUAGCUACUCUGAUAACCUCCCCGAUAUUCUAUGGCAGCACUUUAUCCCCCCUUCCUAUUAGCCUGGCAGCCAGUGUCACUGCUGCACAACAUCGCAGGUACAAGCGGCCCCAGGCAGGAACACAGGAACUUGGUCCAAGGCUUUACAGGUUGGGUCUUGCUUGGCUGGCCUUCUCUGCACCAUUAGCGUAUUGUGUUUUCAGUAAUACCACAGCCACAUUGUACUACCUGUCGGACUGUGUGGCAGCACUGCUGGAUAUUUUCUGGUUUCUUCCUUGGCUUAGAAGUGUGGUGGAGUACAUUUUCUUAAUGCCAUAUCGCAUCAUGUGCGUCUUUACUGGAGGGGGGUACUAUGACGAGGCCUGGAAGAAGAUGCUAGAAAUACUGCUUAAAGACUACACUGAGCGGGAAAAAGAGGCCCUGGAGGGUAUGCUGGAGCCUAUCCCAGCUGACUUUGGGCGAGAGGCGGGGUACACACCGAAAUGAUCACCAGCCAAUCACAGGGGCACAUAUAGAGCACCCUUCCUUCUCAUGCAAUAGAAUAUUCCAUGUUACUGCACAUGUGCAGAUGGAUUUGGGAGGAAGGGAGCAAAACAAACUUGUUGGCGUGGUUUGUAGAAUAAUGAAGUGGAGUUACCCCAGUGGAGUGGGGAAGAGGAGAAGGCGAGAGGAAAACAGUUUUUAUUAGGGAUGCUCCAAUCAGGUUUUAUCGAUCAUGAAUAAAAUAAAAUAAAAUAAAAUAAAAUAAAAUAAAAUAAAAUAAAAUAAAAUAAAAUUAAGUGUAAAUUUUUAAAUAAAAAACAUUUUGAAAUUUUUUAAAUUUAUUUUCAUAGCAUAUUUCAACCCAAACAAAUCAAAUAGGUUUAUUUUACCAGAACAUUAGCAAUGUGCUGGUGUCCACAACUCACAUUUUGUAUUUGAGAAUGCCUUUCUUUCCAGUGUUCUCACAUUAUUAACCAAAAACCUGAAUGAAAAGUAGGCUCGCAGGCACCUCUUCGGGUCGUCGGGUGCCGGCGGGCACCACGCUGGUGACCCCUGGGCUAUAUUAUAUGAAACGGGAACCAGUAACUAGCAUCUUAAACUGACAGAUAAUCAGAAUCAAAAUCAGCUUUAUUGGCCAAGUAUUCUUACAAAAAACAAGGAAUUUGACUUGGGUUAAAUUAACUCUCACUGUACAUAUACACAGACACUUAAAAAUAAAUAAAUAAUUAAAAAGUAAGACUGAGAUGUGCAAAAGGGAUAAUAAUAUAAUGGCAGUGCAAUUCAAGUAAGUGGGUGUGUGAUGAAUAAACCGGGACUUUAUCUGCAUUUGUAACAAAAGACAGUAUGUGCAUUUUUAAAAAAUCAGGAUUUACAUUCCAGUGAUUUUUUUGGGAGGGUCAACACUGACGUUUUGAAGUGAUCAGAGUGACGGCCUAGGGGAAGAAACUGUAUCUGUUCCUGGAAGUUUUGGUGUACAGAGCUGUAUCGCGCCUACCUGAGGGAAGGAAUUUGAACAGUUUGUGUCCAGGGUGUGAGGGGUCUGCACUAAGGUUCCUUGGAGCAGUGGGGAGAGAACACUCUCUUGGGGAGUGCCAGUGAUGGUGAUCUGAGUGCUGGAUGUGAUGCCCCCCAGCCUCACCUGCUGGCUUGGGUCAGUCAGGAAGCUGGUGGUCAACUGACAGGUGGACGCUGGCACAGUGAACUGGGAGAGCUUCUGGUGGAGGAUCUUAGGAAUGAUGGCGCUGAACGCCGAGCCGAGUCCACAAACAGGAUCCUUGCAUAGGUCCCUGGGGAGUAGAGGUGAUGCAGGAUGUAGUGCAGUCUCACGUUGACUGUAUCAUCCAUCGACCUGUUUGCCCUGUAGGCAAACUGCAGGAGGGCCAUCAGAGGGCCUGUGUUGUUCUUCAGGUGGCUCAACACCGGUCGCUCAAAGGAUUUCAUGACCACAGAUGUCAGGGCCACAAGUCUGUAGUCAUUAAAUCCUGAGAUGGAGGGUUUCUUGGGAACUGGGAUGAUGGUGGAACGUUUGAAGCAGGAGGGCACUUCACACAGCUCCAGUGAAUGAUAGAAGAACCGGGUGAAGAUGGGGGCAACUGUAACAGAUUUCAAAAUCAGGAAAAAGUGGCCUAAAUUGCAUACUCAACUUUUGUAAAAAUGUAAAAAAAACAAAAAAAACACCCCUGACUGUAAUAAAAGUAUAAAGACAAGUCAACCACUGAAUAAUAAAACUAAAAUAAAGAUAGCUAUAUACACUAGGUCCCCAAUUUACGAACACAAUUGGUUCCAGACAACCGUUCUUAUGUCGAAUUGUUCUUAAGUAGGGGAAAAGGUAAUAUUACCAAUGACAUAGGUACUACAUGUACGUGUAUACUGUACAUAUACAGUAUAUGUGUAUGUAUGUAAAUAUGAGUUUGGAUGCAGUAGUAAUAUUAAACGAGGAUAAUUAAUGAAAAAAAACAAUAAUAAAAGUGAUAUAAUAAUACGUAAUGAUAAAUGUUAUUUACCUUUGAAGAGGAGUGGCCGAGCAUACGUCGUUGUGGUGGAGUUGGAGGAGGAGAUAUUGAAAAAAAGGACAAAUCGUCAUCAUUGUUAGACUCUUCUAAAAGAGGUAGUGUUCUGUGGGUGGUGUAGAAUUAAGCAGGCCUAUUAACUCUUCAUAAACUUUAAUCACACACUCUGUCCGGGUUUAUAAUUUAGCUUUCCAUUUAGCUUUAUCUGCCCAGCCUCUAACGCUGCCUCUGUUGGUCCCAUUAGCAGUGUCACAGUGCCCUCUACUGGUCAAGCAUGUACAGUAGCAGUAUAAAUACUGAUUGAGCGACUACAAGGCAAAAUAAAAUAAAAUAUAGACCAGUCAGCUUGUGUUCGUAUCCGCGAAUGUUUGCUAGUCAGGUGUUCGUAAGUUGGAGACCUAGUGUACUUUAUUGAUCUUGAUCUUAUUGAUCUUUAUUGAAGUAAAACUACUCACCCUUUGAAGAUAAAUAACAGUCACGUAAGGGAAAGCGGAAACAGAAUGCGGCAGAAACAGAGCGACAUUCCCACUAAAGGUGUUUUAUAGGUCCUGCUGGAAUUCAAUGUCAUAUUGGUGUCUAACAGCAGGCAACAUACCAACAUACAUGAAUUGUGUUUAACUUUAGAGAUUCCACUGAAUUUAGUUAUUUUCUAUUAAAUAUAGUUGUGUUAUAUAUAUUAUAUAUGUAUUAAUUGACUAUGAGAAUUGACUAGGAGUAAAACAAUGGAAGUGAGUAUGGGUGUGAACUUUGCAUGUUCUCCCUGUGCUUGCAUGGACUUUCUCCAGGCACUCCGACUUCUGCCCACAUCUCAAAAACAUGCUUGUCAGGCAAAUUGUAGACUCUAAAUUGUCCGUAGGUGUGAAUAAUUGUCUGUCUAUAUGUGCCCUGUGAUUGACUGGUGACCAGUCCAGAGUGUACACCAGCUCUCACCUCAAUUCAGCUGGGAUAGACUCCAGCUCACCCGUGAACUGAAUGAGGACAAGUGAUAUAGAUGGAUGGAUGUAUUUCAUAGACUAAAUAAUUACCUAUUCUAAUUAUUUUCUUUUCUGGCUAGGUGGGACAAAUUUCAGGUUUUACUGUCGAUAGUGAGGUCGAUAGAGUCAACUCUGAACACGCCCUUAAAGGAAAACUGCACUUAAAAAAAAAUUUUGCCCAUCAUGCACAAUCCUUAUGUGAAGCAUGACCACAUGUCUUUCACUUUUCUGUGCGUUCUAAAGACUGAAAAACAGGUAGUAUCUGGGAGAUAACAAUGUAGAGUACAUAACGGGACACACGUAUUUCGGCUACAAAGCCCAAAAAAAACCUCCAAAAAAUGCCACAAUGUUCUAUUUACAUAACUGAUCUGUAUAUAAACUAAGCUACAGCGACAUUAUUAUUGCAUUGCUACAGCGAACAUGAAGAACUAUUUUGUGAUGCGGUGAUGCAGCGCUUUACAAACAAUGUGAUAGGACACCAAUCUGUACUGACUGGGAAACAAGAAGAAACAUAUGAACAACUACGAAUAGACAACCAAAUUAUCUGUAAAGUAUCAGCCCAAAUUCCAUGUUUUGUUUGUACACGGCUUGAUGGGCUGUGUAGCUGUGAUAUCAAGCACUAUGUGCUCCAUGUAUCAGAAUCAAUAUCGUGGUGACCUACUCGAUAGACAGUUUUCCGUCUGGCCAGAUGGCCUGCGGUGUCAUUUCCAGUUGAUUUUGGGUAUGCGGAAGAAAGUUUGUACCUGUGCAGGGUUUGUUAGCACUAACAAUUCUUUGUUCGUUGUGGUGCAAUCCGUUGGAGCAAUGUCCUCCUCACCAGACACAAAGUCUUCCAUUGAGGGUAACACUGUAUGCCACUCAGUGCAGCAGAAACGAUUUUUGUCGUCAUGGCCUGGCAAGCUCCAAAUUUAAACCACCAAGUCAUGCCAGUUCUGACUCUGUUGCCCCCCGUCUGCUCCGAAGCUUCAAUUUCUUUUCUUGCCCACUCAGCUUCUAAAACCUGUAGCUCAGCCGCCGUAUGUUCAGGCUAAAAAAGAUAAGGUUCUGGAUCCUCAUUUGUCCAAAAGUAGUCGGCGGCGGAUCUCAUGAAGUCUGCCAUGAUUAGUAGUUGCAAACAGACAUGCGCUUGACACGCUGCUGCUGUUGACGGAAGUUGCGGUAGUUCCUAUUUAUGGGCUCUCUGGAAGUUGUGCAUGGUCACAGCAUGUAUAGUAUAAAACAAUAAAACGUCGUUGGUAGUUUUUUAGAGGGUUUUAUAGUCGAAAUAGGUGUGUCCCAUUAUGUGCAUUGUUAGCUCCCUCAUGCUAACUGUUUUUCUCUCUUUAGAACACAAAUAAAAAGGAAAGACGUGUGCUCAUGUUUCACAUAAGGAUUGUGGAUGAUGGGCAAAGUAUAAAAAAACAAACUGCAGUUUUCCUUUAAGUGGGUUAUUUGCCCGAUAAAUGCUUAAUAUUCUGCAGGUCGAUACAUAGACAGACAGACAGACACUUUAAAACAAAACUUUUCUUCAAAUGUAAUUGUCAUAUUUC